AGAUAUACAAGUAUCAAUUAUCCUUGUUACGUGAGGAAAAUAUUUGAAUAUUCCCACCUACGUCGGAAUGGCACGAAUAUUUCCGAAGGUUUCCGAUCGAUAAUGGAACUAUUUGUCUGCUGCAUGUAAUAUAGCGCGCAGAGUGAAUGCGAACUUGCAACAAAGAACUUGUCAUAUAUAUGUGUAUAUAACACACCUGUUGGAUGUUCUGACACCUGUUUACAAUCCUAUUAAAUCUUAGAUAUUUAUUUGUACUACAUGGAUGACAUGACAAGUAAAUGAUUAUAUGGUAACAAAGGAUAUUUAUAAUUGUCAUGCAUGCUUCAUACAGUCUUUUAACAGAUAUGGAGCAAACAGAAGUACCUCGAUCACCAGUGAAUAAACCCGAAGAAGGAUUUACAUUUCUACUUACAAUUUUAGAAUUGACAGGAAUCGUUUUUAUUAUUUUAAUGAUAGUAUGGAUUACACAAUUUAAGGGUGGAUUUUCUUGGACAUCUGAUCCAAAUCAUGAAUUUAAUUGGCAUCCUUUAUUAAUGACCAUUGGAUUUGUAUUUCUUUAUGCUAAUGCUAUGCUUAUAUAUAGAAUACAGAGAAACGUUCGAAAAAGGCGACUAAAAUUAAUACAUACUGGAUUGAUGUUGCUUAUUAUUUUAUUGACCAUAAUUGCAUUGAUUGCUGUAUUCGAUAGCCAUAAUUUAAAGAUUCCACCUACACCAAAUAUGUAUACUUUACAUAGCUGGAUAGGGUUAACAAGUGUGAUAUUGUUUUGCUUCCAAUUGCUUGCAGGAUUUAUUACUUUUCUUUAUCCUGGCUUACAUGACUCAUUACGGGCAAGUUAUAUGCCAAUACACGUUUACUUUGGUAUAGCAACUUUUAUUGGAAGCAUCGCAACUUGUUUAAUUGGACUUAAUGAAAAAGCAAUCUUCUCUAUAAAGGAUUAUGACAAAUUUGUUCCCGAGGCAAUCUUGGUAAACACUAUUGGAAUAUUUUUAGUUAUUUUUGGAGCACUAGCGGUAUAUUUAGUAUCGCAGGGACAAUAUAAGCGUCAACCUAGACCAGAAGACAGCGUUCUGCUGACUAGUAGAAACUAACUGAAGAAUGUUGGCUUAAUGAUGACUACUAAUUGGCUUAAAAAAUAGUAUCCUUAUCUAUGUGCUUGGCUUUAGAAGCUCUUGAUAAGUUUUUAUUGGUCUUAGAUUUUUAAUGUAUUUCUUUUUUUUUCCAGAGUAUUAUCAAUUUUAUAUUUAAUAUUUUUUCAGUUGUUAUACUAAUUAUAUAUUUUUAUUGUUAAUUAUUUUUAAUAUUAAGAGUGAUUCUUCUUGAAAUGGUGCUAUUUUUGAAUUAGUUUCAUUUAGAAAGAAACGCUAAACAAUAACAAUAUAUAUAAACAUUGUAUAAUA